CUAACCCAAAUUCUCCGCAACUUUGCACUUAUACACUUUGCACACAGCAUGGGAAAGGACCAAGAAUUUUUGGAAGCUGCACGCAAUGGAAAUAUUUCUUUUAUUGAAAAAGUACUUAGUCAAAAAGCGAAACGUGCAGGACCCUUAGCAAGUUUACGUCGUGGACCAGGUGUUAACGUACAAGAUAGCGGAGGUUACUCUGCGUUGCACCAUGCAUGCAUUAACGGACAUAAUGAUAUUGUUCGAUUGCUCUUGGCACAUGAAGCCUCACCCAAUUUACCGGACUCACGCGGUUCAUCACCGCUGCACUUGGCUGCUUGGGCGGGACAUCAGGAAAUCGUAAAAAUGUUACUAUCACAUCCAUAUAGACCAGCUAAUCCUAAUUUACAGACUAUUGAACAUGAAACACCACUACAUUGCGCUGCACAACACGGACACACUGGUGCAUUAGCAGUGCUACUAGCACAUGAUGCGGAUCCAAAUAUGAGUAAUACACGAGGGGAAACACCUCUAGACUUAGCUGCACAAUAUGGCCGCCUAUUAGCAGUACAAAUGCUCAUACGCGCACAUCCUGAACUGAUAGCGAUUUAUAGUAAUAGUGCCAUUGAAAAUCAACAUAGAUCAAGACAUUCAUCACCAUUGCAGCACUCGGGAUCACUAUCAACAUCUUCACCUUCAUCACCAUCGGUAAUUUCAGCGCCAAGUACACCAACACGUCAUAUAUUUCCUCAUACUUGUUUACAUUUGGCCAGUCGCAAUGGACACAAAAAUAUUGUCGAAGUUUUAUUGGCAGCCGGUGUAAGUGUCAAUCUACUAACACCUUCCGGCACUGCCCUGCAUGAAGCAGCAUUGUGUGGCAAAGAAUCAGUUGUGCGUACACUACUCAAAGCUGGCGUAGACUUAAAUGCCACCGACGCCGAGGGACGCACUGCGUUAGACAUUUUGAAAGAGUUUCCACCGCACGUCACCAAACAUAUAAUUGCCGUGAUAAAUAAUUUUCGCAACCAAAUGGAUACAGACGAUAGUGAAGAGGUUGUUUACCGUCAUCCACAGCCACAACCUCAUAGCAACAACAGCAACAAACACUAUCAAAAGCAGCAACACAAUAACCAUUAUCACUUCAACUCCAAUAAUCAUCUGCUUAAUCACUCACAUUCCAUGCAGCAGUCGUCAUACAACAAGCAGCGUUACAGCAGCACUGGAGUUUACAAUGGUGGCAAAUCCCUAGAUAGUGGAUUACAGCCUGAAGAUGCAAAUAGUGGUGGCCGAUAUUACCAUGAUAUUAACUCCCCUGUACAUAGUCAUUCCAAUAAUUCACAAAAUGAAAUGGGCAUAAGCCCUUCAUCUUCCAUGAGUAGUUUUGAUCCAGCUACAGUUUCUCCACGUUCUCGCUCCUCAACAGGUGGCAUAAUUGGGAGCAAUAUUCCCCACUAUCCUUUAAGUAGUUUUGCCCCCGUUGGAGCACCACCUAAAAAACCACCGCGGCGUAAUUUAUCAGUAUCGCCAACACAUACUGGUCAAGUAUUUAGCUACACCUCACCUAAUCAUCAGCAAUCGUCAUCUGCACGUCGCCACCAACGUAGUCCCUCAUCGAAUGACAGCCCCUACUCUCAUCAAAGCCACGGUAGUGUAAGCGGCAUUAGUUUUGAUGAGAAUCAAAUGCGUGAUCGUCAGCAUGGCUUGUUUGCAAGUGCACGUGAGAGUACACGCUCAACGGCCGGCAUUUCUAUGAGCUCAAGUACUGAUAUGUUGGAGAAACGAAACUAUUCUCAAGAAAAGUAUAAUGAAAAUUAUGUGCCAAAUUCAAAUCAGGAAAUGACCAAUUCAAUGAAAAGACCAAUACCUACGCCCCGUAAUGUUGGAAGUAUUUCAAAAGAAAUUAUAAACUGUGAAAAUCCUACACUUAAAUCCUAUAAUCCAAAUAGAAAACUUAAAAGAAAUCGUAACAGCUGUUCCAUUCAGAUGAAUGAUAAGGAACAUUACUCUAUGUCGAGUGACAGUAACAGUGAUGCUAAACAACAAAUACCCAGUAGUCCCACUAAUUAUCAACAGCCACCGACACCUGAUCAUCCACCACCAUCAUCUAGCCAAGCUGAACGUACCAUACACGAACGUAUUCGCCCUUUAAGUCAAGAAUAUAAAAGAAGAUCUGCACUACUACAACAACAAAUGAUGAUUGAUUUUGGCACCUCACCGCCAAGGCAAUUACCUGCUGCACCAGAUGCUUGCGAAUAUAUUUACUCACAUUCACCUACAACAAAUCCAACACUGCCAUUAUAUAAUGCCAGCGGUAUGCAAGGCUCUUCUGGUUCGCUAAGUUCCAGUGUAUCUCUAUCUGAUCAUAGUGUUUCCACUGAUUGUGUAGAAGAAUUUGUGGGAGAUAAUCCUUUUGCCGGGCUCUUUAAGGGUUCCACAAUUAAUGUACGAUGUAAUAUGUCACUAGCGGCCCUUAAUAAACAGACACCAAAAACCAAUCCACAACAUAGUUCUUCAGUUUUAGUUAUGGAAGAGCCACAAAAGCAACGAACACGACCACCGAUACCAACGAAACCCAUUUUGCCUGAACGUAAAGUAUUUAAGCCACCAAUACCACAACGCGCUCACACAACUGAAAUCACUACAAGAAAUGGCAGCAGCAAUGCUGAAGAAAAAUACCAACACAACGAGAAAUCCGAAGUACCGCCCAAGGAUGAUGUUAGUCGCAAAAGCUUUAACAGUCACUCCGAUGAACGCAACGAUAGUUCUAACGAAGAUACAACGAUAACUACUAACUCUGAGCAGCAAAGUAGCAUUUUAAGUCCAUUCAAUGCGGAGGAAGCGCGCAAAAAAAUAUCAGAAAUCAUUGAGUCAUUCGGUAGUGGUAUACUAAACACCAAUAUAACACCCACACAUGAUGUUGAGCUAGAUUUUGAUGACAUUGAUGUACCGCAUGCACGUCACGAACUGGCUGUGAGAUUACGUAGCGCAGGUUUGUUACAUUUGGAACGCAUUCUUUUUGAAAAUGGCUAUGAUCACCAUAAAUUCAUGAACGGGGUCUUUGAAGAAUCAGAUAUACAACUCAUACAUAUACCUGAAGAAGACGGUAAAAAGUUAUUGCGAUUUGUGUAUCUCCUACCAAAACCAGAAUUUCAAGCUCAAAUACCGCUUAAAACACAGCAAGAAAACAAGCCAACUAAUUCUGAUGCGGUAGAAACUAAAGGUGUUGCUACAUUAACACAAUGGCUCAAUAGCAUAAAUCUUCCAGAAUAUAUUGAAUUCUUCAAUAAACAUCUUUAUAAUACUAUCGAUAGCGUUUUAGGGGUUUGGGAUGUGGAAUUACAGACUGUAUUAGAAAUUAACAAACUCGGACAUCGUCGACGAAUUCUACAAUCGGUAGCGUAUAUACGUAAUAUGCGUGAACCGAAAUCUGCCAAGACACCUUUAGGUGAAAAUAAUGAAACGAAUAAGAUUAACAUAAAUGGACCAAAAGAACCACAACAACAACCUCAAAGGUCAUCGAUUACUAGUUAUCGCAAAAAUAGACCUGCUCCUCAACCACCUACUCCCAAACAACAACAACAACAACAACAGCAACAGGAACCAGAACCAGAACCAGAAUUACAGAUACGUGCACCAUCUGAACUACUUUUAGACUUGCCGGCUAAUUUACGCACAAAAUGGAGGCACUCAGCAAAUGUUUUACUUAAUGAACAGAUCAAAUAUGAAGUUUAUUAUUUGGGCUCAACGGUUGUGAAAGAAUUACGUGGCACUGAAUCGACUCGUAAAUCAAUACAGAAACUAAAACGUGAUGAACAAACAAUAUCAAAUAUGAUGAUGUCUUCCGUACCAGAAAAUGCUGAACAACAAAAACGACAACGUAAAUUAAAUAGGAAUACUUCGUUUAAUAGACAGAAACGUGCACUAGUCUAUUUGGCCAUAUCCCAUCGUGGUGUAGAAUUCAUUGAUAUAAACAAUAAGCGCGCAAUAUGUGAACAUGAAAUACAAAACAUUAAUUGCGCUUGCCAGGAUUCAGAUGACUUAAGACAUUUCGCGUAUAUAACCAAAGAGAAUGACAUGCACUAUUGUCACGUCUUCAAUGUGGAAAGUACGGAUCUGGCAACUGAAAUUAUAUUAACUCUUGGGCAAGCUUUUGAGGUUGCCUAUCAGUUAGCAUUGCGUGAUGGGAUUAUAUGCUCAUCGAGCGCUCUGGAAAACAUCACAGUUCCAGAUGAGACUAUUGUUGUUGAUUUAGCAGUACCACAACAAACAUAAGAUAAAUAAAAGACCAAAAAGAAAGACCACUAUAUAUGAAUAUUCAAGUACA